AUGCCCUCUCACGUACACGACAUCGCGUCGCAAGACGUCCACAAGCAGAUCCAACAGCUCAUCCACGAGCUCGUCAACAUUAAAGACACAACAGGCGAAUUCCUCAUGACCCUGGCAGACGGCCGCAUCAUCGACACAAAAGGCUGGAACGACUGGGAGUGGACCCACGGCAUCGGCCUCUACGGAAUAUGGAAGUACUACGAGAUGACCGGCGAGGACCAAUGGCUCAAGAUCAUCGAAGACUGGUUCCAGGCCCGUUUCGCAGAGGGUCACAAGGGGAAGAACAUCAACACCAUGGCUGUCUUCCUCACUCUGGCAUAUGUCUAUGAAAAGACCCAGAACCCUACAUAUCUUCCUUGGCUGGAUGCUUGGGCUGAGUGGGCGAUGCAUGACCUCCCCAGGACAAAGUACGGUGGUUUCCAGCAUAUUACGUACCUUGAUAUCAACGAACAGCAGCUCUGGGAUGAUACACUCAUGAUGACUGUCAUGCCGCUCGCCAAGAUUGGUCUUGUGCUUAACCGGCCUGAAUACGUCGCUGAAGCAAAGAAGCAGUUCUUGCUGCACAUCCAGUAUCUCUUUGAUACAAAGACUGGAUUGUUCUUCCACGGAUGGACGUUCAAGGAUGGCGGACACAACUUUGCCGAUGCACGAUGGGCGCGCGGUAACAGCUGGGUCACCAUCGUCAUUCCCGAAUUCCUCGAGCUCGUUGGUAUUAAGGAAGACGACCCCAUCGGCUCACACCUCAUCAACACGCUCGACAGCCAAUGCGCCGCUCUUGCAAAGACACAGCGCGCAAACGGCCUAUGGAGCACCCUUCUCGACGUCCCUGAAUCAGAGGGUUCCUACGUCGAGGCCAGUGCGACAGCGGGUUUUGCAUAUGGUAUUCUCAAGGCGGAACGCAAGCGAUAUAUUGGAAAGGAGUACUCUGAGGUAGCUGUCAAGGCGAUCAAGGCUGUUUUGGAGAAUAUUAGUCCCGAGGGAGAGUUGUUGAAUACUUCGUUUGGAACAGGUAUGGGGCAUGAUUUGCAGCAUUAUAAGGAUAUCCCUAGGACGAGUAUGCCUUAUGGACAGGCUAUGGCUAUGAUGGCCUUGGUGGAGUUCUUGAGGGCGUAUAAUUAGAUUUCGGAGAAAAAGUAAUGAGAUUAAUUGCGAUAACGAAUCAUUUUUUGCG